AUGCUCAUCUGUGAUAUAUGCACGCAAGAAUUGCCAUCUGAAGAUGCUAUGAAGAGCCAUUUGCUCUUGGCACACAUAGAACAAGGUUGCUGCUGUCCUUUUUGUACCAUUACUGGACUGACAUACGAUGAACUCCGCUAUCAUAUUAAUACAGCUCAUAGAGACACACUGGAACCGUGGAGUAGUGAUGAAGAAGAAUCCGGGAAAAUCCAAGUAGCGACCUCUACCUCCAGCACCUUGGAGAGUCCGCAAACUAAUAUAAAUGACCAUAUAGAACAAACUAAUUGCAAAUUGAAUUUGCCAUUUAACACAGAACAGAACAAUAGCACACAACAGAACGCUGUGAUAGAAUGUAUAGAGUUAGAAGAGAGCAUACGUGAAACAAUGGGGGGUCUACCAAUGGCUUGUAGUGCUGAAUCUGUCUGCUUACCUCUGUCUUCAGGGGGUUCUGAAGUGUGUAGUACUAAGUUUAAUAGUGAAGUUAAUGAGGAAGGUUGGUCCCAAGCCAGUGCCUCUGCACACCACAUUGACUAUAAUGAGGAUGCUGUGAUGGAAUGUCCAUUUUGCUGUGAAAUGAAAAUGUCAGUUGAAGAGCUUGAACUCCAUGUGAAGAUUGAACAUGCAGAACUGUUGGACACGCCUACCAAAGGAACUUCCAGGCAGCUGCUUGAAUGCCCCAUGUGCUCUCUUGUUUGUGCUAAUUUCCAAAUCUACAAGAACACGUAAAUCUGCAUUUGGAAGAAACCCUCUAUGACAAAGCUUCUCCUAACAAAGUUUCCAGAGAUUUAAUGAUGGCCAGACAGCUACAGGAUGAAGAAGACAGAAAAAGAAGAGCAGACGAGUCUGAGAAAGAGAAGGUGGAAUUUAAGAAAUUACAGAGGCAGUUUGGGCUAGACAACUCUGGUGGCUAUCGACAACAAUCCGUGCAGAAUCUAGAAAGGGCCGUUGCCAGGGGACGCUUACAGCCUAUGGAAUUUCACCUACAGAAAGCUCAGAUAAUGGAGUCUAUAGCUACUGGUGUAGACGAUGGAAAAACAAGAACAUCAGGGGUUCUGGAAGCUCUACGUCGAUAUUAUAACGAUGCUGCUCCUGAGGUCAAUCGUGUCUGGCUGUGCUCUUCAUUGGACCACUUUAGUAAUGCUGCAGGAGACAAAGGAUGGGGCUGUGGUUUCCGAAACUUUCAAAUGCUUCUUUCUUCCUUAUUGAAGAGUAACUCCUAUAUAAACUGUUUACAAGAUUGCAGGUAUAUACCCUGUAUCCCCAAGAUUCAGGUUUUGAUAGAGAAUGCCUGGAAGGAAGGAUUUGAUCCACAGGGGGCCUCUCACUUCAGAGGAAAAUUACAGGGUACAAAAGCAUGGAUUGGAGCAUCUGAAAUGUAUUGCCUACUAACAUCUCUGCAUUUAAAGUGUCGGAUUCUUGAUUUUCACAAGCCAAGCAGUUCAGCAGGAACACAUCCUCUAUUGUUUGAAUGGGUUCUAAAUUACUAUUCAUCUGACGCUUGUCAAACUACAGGCAAAGUUGCAUGGUCCACUAAACCUGCCAUUUAUUUACAGCACCAAGGUCACAGCCGCACAAUAGUGGGAAUUGAGGAAAGGAAAAACAAAACUUACUGCCUUCUAAUAUUUGAUCCUGGACAUCCACUGGAAAUUUUGCGGAGACUGACCAAGCAUAAUAUAGAUAAUGCUGCUAUGAAACCCCUCCGUAAAUAUCUAACAGGCUUCAAACAUAAGCAGUACCAGAUUGUGGCUGUAGAGGGAGCCCUCUCUCCUGAAGAAAAGGCAGUACGUUUGCAAAUGACAAAAAUCUUCAGAGCUGAAAGGAUUCCAUGA